ACUGAUGGUCAUUAUUCCACAGGUAAAAAGAGUUCAAGAAGUGAACUGACUAAAGAUGACAUAGGUCACCAAGCCAGAUUUUUGUUGAACAAUUUCAUCCAUGAACGCAUUCAACAAGAUGUUGCAGAUCAAGUACCUGCUACAGAUGAUUUGCAGGAACCAGGCACACCAACAGGGCCUCCAAUGGAACACAUACGUGAGAUUGGUCGAGCUCUUCGCUGUAUUGGAGAUGAGCUAGACCGCAAUGAAAAUAUACAAAAUCUGUGUGCCAGAGUUCCGCCUGAUGCCCCACACAACACGUUCCUUAAUGUUGCCAAGAGUUUCUUCUCUGACGGUAUCUACAACUGGGGCCGCGUAGGAUCACUCUUCUAUUUUGCUUACAGAAUGGCUUUAAAGGCUUUAGAUAAAAUAGCCCUGAUACGAGCCAUUGUGAAUUGGGUAGUGAAUUUUAUAAUCGAUAAUGUUGCUCCAUGGAUCAUUGAGAGGGGAGGAUGGGAGGCCAUUGUGGAAUACUUUGGAACACCAGGUAAACAGGUGAUGUCUGUGUUUAUGCUGGGUGUUGCCCUCAGUGCUGGCAUCUACUUGUACAAGACCAGUCAUUGAAUCCUGAGAUGUUAGAACUUAAAUGUGCAAUGCUGGGCAUCACCUUGUCUCCUGAUAAGGAAGAUGUCUCUAUGGAGAGAUGUUUGUGUCGUUGAAAACGUGUCUGUUGUAAUACUACAGCAAUCAUUAUAUAAUGUUGGAUAAACAGUGUUGUCAUCAUUCCUUAAUGGUGUAGCCAUAUAAUAUGUAUGAUGUAAGAGCUGUGACUUAAUGUAUCACAAAGUGUAACAAUUGUUAUACAGGAUUAUAAUGUAACAUUUGUUACUUAUUGUCAGGAUUAUAAUGUAGCAUUUGUUACUUAUUGUCAGGAUUAAAAUGUAACAUUUGUUACUUAUUGUCAGGAUUAUAAUGUAGCAUUUGUUACUUAUUGUCAGGAUUAUAAUGUAACAUUUGUUACUUAUUGUUAUGUGUGUAAUGUGACACCUACAACCAACAGGUUUACAUAUUAGUUGCUGAUUGUUGAAUGUCUGGUGUAAGAGCUGUGACAGAAUGGAUCACAAGUGUAACAAUUGUUACUUAUUUACAGGAACAUAAUGUAACAAUUGUUACUUAUUGUCAGGUGUGUAAUGUAACAUCUACUACCAACAGGUUUACACAUAAGUUGAUGAUUGUUGAAUGUCUGGUGUAAGAACUGAUAUACAAGACUUGUUUGUAUAGCUGUAUACUUGACCUACUUAAUUUAUUUGUCUGGAUGUUUUCUUUCUUGAUAUGUAGAUGUGAGUAUCCAUCAGUAGAUAUUAUAAACAGGAGGUCAUGGUAUACAAUUUCAUGUUAUAUUUUUGUUUUAAUCUGCACUAAACAUUUUUUUUAGUUUGAAUGAUUGAUAUGACAAUACUUUGAGUGUUGUUGAUGUGUAAUUCAGUCAAGUUCCGCCAGAUGUAGCAAUCAAGGACCUUUUUCUUGGCCUCCAUUAAAUCCAUAUCAUAAAUUUAUGUUGAUAAGUGAAGUACACUCAUAAGUAUCCCUAGGAUGUUGUUGUGGAUUAGACUGGAUUUUUAUCUUGGGCUUAGCUCAAAUCUGUAAAACAUUCAUUUAGAUUUUUAAAGUCUGGGUGAUACAUUAUUUACUCACCAUUACACAAUGAUGAUAUCACCCUGGUUAAGUACUUAGAUUCCUUUACUGACACAGUGGAGGGAAAGGUUACUUGGUAAAGCAUUAAACUAUAGUAGUACAUGUAAGGCAGGGAUCCCAAAGGUCUGAGUCCUAGUCAUGUAGAAACAGAGACAUAGAAGUAUUGACAUUUGUUACAUCGAGGAUAAUGUGUCAGGGGUCAGAAGGAUUCUCAAUCCCUCUUAGUUCCACAAGGGACCAUUCAUUACUCCACUCAUUAUGUAAUACUAGUGCCAUCAAUUGUUUCAUUAUUCCUGUCAGCUAUUCUGAUGGCGGCUGCUAUUUGCCCUUCUAGCAAACUGCUAUAAAAUAAUCAAAAUUUUUGCUGGUCCUUGUUACAUUGAGGGAUCAUUCAUUAUAUUUGUCAAUCCCAGUUGCACUACAUGAGGGAACAUUCAUUAUUCUUGUCAUUUCCAGUUACACUGCUUGAGGGAUCAUUCAUUAUUCUUGUCAUUUCCAGUUACACUACAUGAAGGAGCGUUCAUUAUUCUUGUCAUUCCCAGCUUCACUGCUUGAGGGAGCAUUCAUUAUUUUCAUCAUUCCGUGUUACACUGCUUUUGGGAUCAUUUAUUAGAUUCAUUGAACACUGCUACACUAAUUCUUGGAUCAUUCAUGAUACCUCAUAGUAAUACUGGUGUGGAGCGUUGUCACUUUUUUCUGGUAAAAAGUAUGAUUUUAUUAAAUUUUUUCCAACAGUUAUAUUUCUAAUUUUUAAGUGAACAUAGACUGUGUUAGAUUCAUUAUGUUUAAAGCUAGAUAUUGACAUUGUUAAAAUAAAAUGCUGAAAAAAAUUGCCAAUAAGAUAGAUUUUCUGUAAUGGCUGCUGUUGACUUUAGUUGCACAUUAGCACCAUGUCUACCUUGCAUUCAUACCAGAAAUGGGAAACUUAACUACAUCCAAUUAUAAAGAAGCAAUGAUUAUCAUCUAACUGUAUUUUGAUAAUUUCUAUGAAGUGCUUUGACUUUGUGAGUGCUGAACCAUUGUGUUUUGUGGUGUUAUAUUAAAACAGAUUUCUGCUUGGCUGGGUUGAUGUUAUUACUGAUUUCCAGAAUGACACCAGGGGGAAUCUUGUAUCAGUAUUUCUAUAUCAUAUUGUACUUUUAUAAAAGUUUUUUAUGAUUUUUUUAUACUACAUCUGUUUAGUUACAUCAGAAUGUAAUGGAUUUUUUAAGUUCACUGCAAAGCAGUAUAAUUCCACUGUGAUUUGUGUUGUUAUGACCAUCUGUUAGAACCUUUACAUACUGUAUCAUUGUAGAGUAAAAUAUCACUGCAAUCAGAUUACCAAGACAAUGUGUAUAUAUUCUGGGUCAGGUCGUGAACCUGUUGUUUGUUUUUAGUUUAUCCAUUUGUCUACACACCAUCAACUACAUCUGAUAUUCUGUGAAAGGUAACAUAUUGUAUUACAGGACUACAAGGAGUUUAUGAUUGUUUAAAGCUGAAAUUUAAAUAAAUGUGAAAUUAUAUGAAAAAUGUGUUAAGUGGAAAAUUCUCUUUUUUUAUCAAACUCAGAUAUUGUAUUUGUCGUGGGAUACACCCCCAAGUGUAAAUCAGAGUUUACACCCAAGUGUAUAUCAGAGUUUACACCCACAAGUGUAACUCAGGGUUUACACCCUCAAGUGUAAAUCAGAGUUUCGUGGUGAUUUCAUUUCAUUGAAAACUUCAGUCUCAAUAAAACAAAUAGAGCAAAUAGCAUACUCAUUAUAACAGAAUGCUGUUUAAGAGUAUUUAAUAUUGAAGUAACUGUUUGUUGAAAUGUGUAAAACAAACACUAAGUUAAAAAAAUGAGGAAAAAUUAUAAUUAGAAUGUUAUAACAUAUGUUUAAUGAGAAUGCGAUGUUCAGUUUACUUUUUGAUAUUAUACAUUUGUGUUCAAGAUGUGAAAUAAAGUAAUUUUUUUUCUAUAUUUUCAGAAUGAAUUGAUCGGUAUAUAAAUGAAUGUUCAUAAUUUAAAUAGAAGGUGAUGUUAUUUUGUUUUAUUAAAAGUAUAACUGUAUAGUGU